UGUCGCUUUUGAGCUUAAUUGCUGGAAAUAAAGCCCCCCGCGCUCGUCCUUGUGAAGGGAGCGCGCGUAUCGAAGCCAGUGCGCAUUUGCUCCAAAGCGCAGCGCGCACGCGCAGGGGAAGGAUGCAGGCUGUGUUCAGACAACAGCAGCAGCUCUGAGAAGGAGACACAACCGGCGUGGACCCGAGCGGACACGGCGACACCACCAUCUUCCUGGGACCAGAGCUACCGGUGUCUCACCGGGUCGGGUGGAACCUCCUCCUUCCCCAGCGCUCCAGCUGAGCGGUUAUCCCCGGGAGUACAGAGGAGGGAGGAUGAAGAAAAGCAACCAAAGCAGGCGGGGCAUCCAGGACUGCGGUCCGCUCGCUGUGCAGCAGCCGGAGAAGGCGGGUUGGAUCCGGAAGUUCUGUGGCCGGGGGAUUUUCAGGGAGCUGUGGCGGAGCCGGUAUGUGGUGCUGAAGGGAGAUCACCUCUACAUCUCAGACAAGGAGGUUAAAGAUGAGCGCAAAGCCCAGGAAGUGUUUGACCUGGCUGAUUACGAGCGCUCAGAGGAGCUGAGGAAGGCGAAGAGUCGGAGCAAGAAAAACCACAGUCGCUUCACAUUGCUGCGCUGCAAGCAGCGAGGAAAUACAGUUUCUAAUCUGGUGUUUUUGGCUGUGAGUCCGGAGGAGAAGGAGUCCUGGAUCAACACCUUCAAUGUGGCCAUAAUCAAGGCCAAGAACAGAGUUUUAGAUGAGGUGACGAUUGAGGAGGACAGCGCUCUGGAUCAUCUCACCAGAGACCGUGCGAAGAUUCCUCACAGCCGCCGUCUGCCCACCAGAGGACACCUCAUGGCCGUGGCCUCCACCUCCUCUCAAGGCAUGCUGACCCUCGACCUCGUCGCAGAGGAGGAAGGGUUCUGUCUCGACUACGACGACGACGAAUCCUGGGAGGACAGCUUCCGGGUCGACCUGCAGAAAGAGGGCUCUGGAGGAGGGCUGGGGGGGCGUCAACGGGCCGGGACUGAUGUUUCAAAGCUGCGGGUGACUUCCAAAGAGCCCAAGGUGAAGACAGGGAGCCUACCUAGAGGCAGCGAGCGCUCCUGGGGUAAACACGCCCACAUGGAGGCCUCCAAAGUCCACAAGAACCAGCAACUCCAGGUCCUUCAGGCGCAGUCUCGAACGCCCCAGCCAGGGAAAAGGUUCAGCAUGCAGGGUCGGAGUCGUUGCGCCUCCAUGGAUGAAGUCCUCUCCUCCAGACCGGCGAUGAUUCGGUCAGAGUUUCGUUCGGCUCUUCGUCGCUGUCCAACCGAAGAGGAGGCAGGCAGCGGGACCUCCAUCCAGCCCGUCGGCCAGCUGCAGAGCCUCAUCGCUCAGAGGAUGCAGAGAGCCCAGGAGCUGCUGGAGGAAAUGAGGCUGCAGGAGCUACAGAAGGCCAAAGCUGAGCGAGAACGAGGAAGCAGCUCAACGCACAUGAAGGGCAUCAACUCCCCUCGACUUCACCACCUCAGGGGUUCAGACUCCCCCCAUUCCAGCAGGUCAUCGGGGUCUCCGAGGAGCAGGAGCAGCGACUCGCCUCGUCUCCGGGGAAAAGAUUCACCUCGUCUGAGGGGAAGAGAGUCUCCCCGAUCCAAAGCUAAGAAGAACCGCUCCAAAGCCACUGACUCGCCUCGCUCCAGAGGAUCUCAGUCUCCUGCAGCUAAAGCUGGCGACUCUCCUCGCCUGAAAGAUUCUCCUCAUCUGAGCCGCUCUCCUCAAACAAAGAGCUCUGACGCAACAAAGCUCAAAGGUCCAUUGGGCGCCAGCUCCACCAGAAAAGAUGGUUCUUCUCCACAGAAGACUCCUGAAACUCCUCCGUGCUUGAAUAGAUCCAACUCCUGUCAGGUGAAAGGAAGCGAUUCGCUGCAGGGCAGCGAAACUGACUCCCCUCAUCUAGACAGCAUCAAGGAGACUCGCCGAACUCAAAACUCCCCAGCUCUAUCCAGAUCCUUCGAUUCCUCGCUGCCCAAAACCCCAGACAAGCAUCGCCUCUCUCCUCCUCCUCCUCUGGUCCCUCUUGAGGAGGACAUGGAGGUGGAGCGACGGCGCGCUGAGGCCGAGCGGCUCCUGGAGGAAGCUGUGUCGUCCUGGAAGGAGGCGCAGGAGGUCCUGCAGGAAGUGAAGGAGCUGCAGAGCCAGACGCUGAGGCGGCAGAGAAGGAGGACCUAUGAGAAGAUGACAACAUCGGGUGCAGCAGCUUCACAACCUGCAGCGACCGCCGCUGCGGACGAGGACGACACUCCUGCCUCCCCGACGUCCCCAGAGGACGACGAUGAAUCUGAGACACCCUGAAAAGCACUAACAGGUCCUCACGCUGGCAUAUUUUUUCUUCUUUUUCAAUGCAGCGUUACUCUGCAUGCUUAUGCACAAAAAACAACGUUUACACAAUUUCUACAUUUUUGAUCCUAUUUCUGGUAAGAUUUGCUAAUUUUUAUUAAUCAGGGCAAUGGGAUACAUGUGAUGACACAUUUGGAUAACUUAAAAACCAGGGAUAUAUUUAAUUCCCGGAGAUUUCAGGACUUCUAUCCUGCUGAGCGCUCCACGCUGCCACCAGGCAGAAACCCACUCUGCUGUCAGGGCUUCUCCGUCUGUAGCAGGAGCUUCACAUUUAACUUCAAUCAACGCAGCUUUAAUGGAGAGGAGCUCCCCUUCACCUUCUCUAACGAUGCUGUACGGUUUUCCUUUGAUUGUUCGUGCAGAAAACAAGAAAAAAUCUUCCAACCAAGAUGUCAAAACUUUUUGAGAAAAAGUCAAUGAAGAGCACAAAAUGACUUUUUUUUAAAAAAAAGAAACAAAAUAUUGACUUUAGAUUUCUGCACUGAAAUAACCAGCUUGUUUGCUGAAACAUCUCUGAGUUUAGCUUGUAGCAUGUCUGGUAAACUGCUGGGCAUGGUUUAGUUUGUAGCUUCAUGAAGAAUUAAUCUGCUUCACUUUCCUUCCAAAUUUGUAUCAGUUUUUGUUAUACAAUCGCAGUCUUUUCAAGCUAACGCCAAAAUCAGGGAGUUUACGUUAAAAACAUGAGCAAAAAAUAAAUAAAAAUGGAAGCAAUAAUUUAUUAUUUUGUUGUUUGUAAUUGUAGGCGGAAACAAAGCCUCAAACCAGCUCAGAUAUGACAAACUCUGCACUAUGAACUGAACUUUUUACAACAACAUCACUGCAUCCAAUUUGUUUGGUUAAUGCUGUUUAUUUGUUUGGUUGAAGACUGAAAUCAGAUUUGUUUUUUUUGCACAGAUGCUGAAUACUUUAAGGUCAAGUUUUCAUCAAAGACCUCAUAGAAACUUUUAUAUAUUCUAAAUUUGUAUCUUUAAACCGUUUUCCAUCAAAAUAUACUUCAAAGAUAUGAUCCAUAAUAUAAAAGAUCUGAAAAGAUUUGAAUAUGAAAGAUAAACUAAUUGAGUCAAAAUGUUUUUUUUUAAACACUGAUUUAAUUUAUUAAGGGGAGAAAAUAUCCAAGCUAAUCUGGCUGUGUGUGAAAACGUAUCUGCUCCACCAUUGCGGUGGAAAUCUUGACAUUUCUAUUUUGAUAAAUUGCUUUAAUUCAGGCCCGUUGAAAUACAGUCCAGCAUAAAUGACUGUUUUUGUUUCAUUUCACAAAAUCUUAGUCAGAGUUAGGCUUAAACUAAUCCUGGAACCCUUGUGCCGUUCAGAGGCAGGCUUUCUGAUGUUUCUCACUGUUUGAGGUUUAAGUCAAAAACUAAUGGCUGGACUUUUUCCUUAAGGAUUCACUGGUUUAGAGCUUCCAUUAAUUACAGCAAAUUGGUCCCUAAGAACUAAAAAAAAGCCCCACACCAUCAUAGACAGUUUAUUAUUUUUUUUUAUGAUGAGGCGGUUUAUGUUGCUUUUGUUUAUACAUCAACAUUAAUUGUUUCUAUAAUCUUGGAUGACAGAGAUGUUUCAUGGUAAAUAUGGGUUAGUCCCUUGUGUUCUGUUUGGUUAGCAGUGGUUCUAGCCUUUUAUUAAACCAUAAAAUUAUCUGAAACGAGUUAGAUCUGGAACGCUUUAGCCGUUACAUCCUGGAGGAGUCAUCAAUGACCUUUUGGUGUCAUUUUGCCUGUCACCCUGGGGGAUGUUCACUAUUGUUAUUUUUGAAUACUUGAAUAGGCUGAAUCCCAAACCACCCCCUAAGCACUACCCCUUAACUAUUAAUUAUUAGUGUCACUCGCAAUAAAAUCACACAGCUGUGGAAGGCGCAUGGAUUAUACGUGGGGGGGUAUAAACAUGAAUGGGUCGGCCUCUUCCCUCCAAUGGAAGGAGAAAGCAGUAAUUCCUAUGGCAACACAGUGAUGCCGCAUGCGCAUAGCUGUAGCUCUGUGGCGCAGGUUAACAUACUGUAACAUCAGAGAUUUGCCGGUUUCUUAAGAAUAAAUCUGUCCAGUAAAACGAUGUGAAGAUGCAGCAAACGAGUGAAUCUUACAUUUGAAUUCACGUUUUUCCUCCGCCACUAGUUCACCAUUUCACCCGCUGCCAAAUUCCUGUGAGCCUGCACUGAUGUACUCAAUAUUUAAGGCUGAACUGCCCACUUGUGCUACCCACUACGUGGUUUGGGACCAUCCUUAACGCGGCAGACCCUCUGGUUAGUGUUUAGGGGCCAGUUUUCCUGUGGUUCACUGCAAUCCCAGAUCCUCAGACAGGCUCUGUAGAUCCCAUUCCAAGCUAAUGUCUGCAACUUUUUUCCCUCAUCAUAUAUCUUUCAGCCUUCUUCAUGUCAUCACACGGGUUCUGUUCGAUCAGUCUUGAUUGUACAGGCGCCUUUAUGUAUCUUGUAACUGAGCUUAACAAAGGAGAAGGUACAUUUUCCUAACAGUCCUAGGUAGCUUUGGCUAACAUUUUCCCCUUAAUAUAUAGAAAUAAUCCUUUCGAAAUUUGUUUAAGGAUCUGAAAAAAUUAAGUGAAACAAAGACAGAAAAAAGCGGCUUUUUCACAUCACCAUACAUCUGACCCUACUGAUUUAAAUACACAAAACAUUCAAAGCAUUGCUGUGUUCCAAGUAUGAUGGAUACUGUGUUUAAACAUGCAUGAUUACAUCUUAGACAGCGGUAAUUUGUUGCAGCUGGUGAGAUACAUCCUUCAUUGAAACGUAUGACAAAAUGAACUGUGUUGCAGCUGAGGAGGGCUGGGACAAAUCUGACAUUCAUGGCUGGAUAAACGUGCUUCACAUAUGACCUAUUAAAUUACCGAAUUAACAGAAAGUUGAAAUAUACAAAGAUAAGCUUCUAAUAAAACUCAUCCUGCUUUUUCUUUUAUCGGCACUGAUAUCAUCCAUAUAAUGAGGUGCUUCCUGCUUAAGUGGGUGUGAUUAAAAACACUCAUUUAAAAUCCUGUUUUAAAAAAUGAUGCAAUUCAUUCAUGUUUUAAAUAGAUUUUUUUUUUAUUUCUUGUGCUCUAAACUAUGAUUGUAUUUGCCUUUUAACAGCUAAUGUUUUCAUCACACUUGUAAGACGUACUAACAUUGUAGCUUGCUUGUUCUUGUUUGACAAAGAAAGAAUAAUAACCCAUAAAGGUCCCUUACGUUAGACAUAGUGCCAUCUAUUGGCUAUAACGGGUUAUUGCAACAUAUGCAAAACCUAUUUGGUUCCUACUGAGCUGUUAAAUAGCAUUAAAAUGCUAACAAGAUGCUAAGCUUUACCAUAUACAUAUAGACACAUUAAACUGUAUCAGGAUUCUCUGAUUAUGCAAU